CCCUCCCCGGGCCGCGGGCGCUGCUCUUUAUGUUAAACCCCCCCUUCCCCUGUCUUGUCUUUGCCCCUCCCCGGUGACACUCUUAAAUUGAUAAAGUUGGAGGUUAACAGUAACUGAAGUUUUCUAAGACAUAUCAGUCUGAAAUACGAGGUGCUACGUUAACCUUUUGCACCUGAAAUUAUUAAAAUGUUAGGGCAAAGUUAUUUCUGGAACUGAAGAGUGAUGGAAAAGCAACACUGCAUCUGUACAGAAGAGUAACAACUGUAGAAAUUAGUUUCUGUUGUAGUAAUUAUAUACUACUUUUCCUUCUGAAGGUGACACCCCUUCUCCAUUACAUUACAGUCCUUGAUAAUACUUGUUAAAAUUCUGUUUGUUUGCAAAAGCGACGUGUGGGGCAGAAAUUCAACCUUAAGAGAUCAGACUAAUGGAGACAAAGACUUUUUUUCUUCCAAGCUGAUAUUUGAAUUAGCUGACAAGGAAGCCUGUAGAGGAUACAUAUAUACCAAAGCGCUUUGAAUUUAGCACUUUGAACUCAAAAGUUUUGGGAAAAUAAGGCUGUUUAUUCAUUGUGCUCAAUGUAGCACAAAGGUGGUGGGACCAGCUCCACAGUCUUGUAAUCCCUAAACAGCCCUUGAAUUUAGCUUUCCUGAAGAAUACUUUUAUUAGGAGUUUUGUUGUUGUCUGAGAGUGCUAGGAAAACUGGGUUUUUAAGAGAGAAGCUCGUGUUUUUCAAAAAAAUAUGUAUCACUUCUGAAUAUUGAUGAAAGACAUACCAAAGCUUAUUUUGUAAAAUCCUUCAACAUUUGGAAUACCUUGUUAGGCAUCCAGAUGAAAAUGUGCUUUCCAUUAUGUGGAAGAAAAAAGUAGCUGCCUGGCCUGAGGUACACCUUCAGCUCUCAUGUCUGUGUGCUGUGACUGUACUCGAACAAGAUACUGGCCUGUAUCAUUCCUCACUCUGUCUGUGUUUCCAUCUGAAGUAGGCAGAUCAUGGAGCAGAAAGCAUACAACAUUCUUGGAUGAUUGGGAGAGCAUGACUGGGAUUGACUACUUAUGGUGGAGACAAAGAUACUUAAAUGGAUUCCAUUUUUCACUGUAACUAACCGUGUCUUUAUUUCUGUGUCUUUCAGUUCUGACAUAAAUAUGUUUUACUUCUUAAUAGAUUGGGUUGAUGUUGCCAAUGAUCUUUUAAGGAGCUGUCACAUCUACAAGCACGUAAAGCAUCUCUCUGAAUGUGGUGCUUAUAUGUUUGUUCAUCUUUACGAGUCAAUCUUAGGAGAAGAAGUACCAGAUUUCAUAGCUACUCCUAGAAGCCAAGAGGAUGAUGCACAUAAUGUACAAGCAGUAAUAGAUUCCCUGGCGUUGGACUAUUUGCAAGUCAGCUUGUCGCACAUCACUGGUGAGAACAUUGUGAAAGGAGAAAGGGAAUCUAUCAGAAACCUCCUUGAAAUAUUUGAUGGCUUGUUAGAGUAUCUUACAGAAGAAGCCAGUGAAUCAUCUUCGCAGAAUGGAGAUGAGGCAAAUGGGCUAUCCAGGAAUGAAAUUCAAAUUGCAUCUCAAGAGCAACUGGAGAGCAAUGCUGGUCAACUUAGGCAACCUUCAGUAUUCCUACCAGUUGAAGGGCUCCAUUCAGAAGUUUUUAUUCCAUCUUGUGAUGCAGAUGGAUCAGAAUCUACCAGUGAAUUAAUUAGACUUGGAGAUACUGCUUAUUCAUUUUCCAAGAGAGAGGAAGGAUCAAUGGAGUCUGUUCAUACUACUGAACCUCAAAAAAAGAGUUUGAAAGCCAGUGCUACAGAACAUGGGGAGCCUAUACAGCAGGCUAUUCCUCUGCGACCCCCAUUUCAGCCUUCAGAGGCCAGGUGCCAUUAUCCUGCAUGGAGAGAUUAUCACAGCUCAGCCAGCCAGUCAACAGCUUUGGCUAGCAGUCAAGGAGUAAAAAUUCUUAUGCUUGGAAAGUCACUUACACAAAAACCUGAAGAUGUUUCUUGUAGUCUUCUUUUAUCAAAGAAAAUCCCUGUAGGCACAGUGCAGUCUGUACCAUCAACUAACACUUACCUGUCAUAUGCUUCUGCAGUGGGAGACAAAGUGGUAUCAAAUGAUGCUGAGGACAACAUGGCAAAGGUUCCCUGGGUAUAUGGGACUUCAUCUGCUUCCUCUUUACAGCAAAAACUCUCACUAUGUGCUGAACAAGUGACACAGACUCCAAGACCUGAAUCUAGAUAUCUGCCUAGAAAGGAAAGCAGAUAUGAAAAUUCUACCACAAAUUCACUUGAAGAGUCUCUUUCCCACAGAACAACAAAGGAAAAGCUAUCUGAGCAAGAGCUUCAUGAAGUGUCAGAAAAACUCUAUUGCACGUUAAAUGAACUAGAUUCAAUGUUGAAGAGAGCUUUGGGUGGGCACACCAGAGAGGAAGAGCUGGCGGAUGAAGACAGCCUGUCUCAGCACAGUGACAGUGUCAUGGACUAUUGCCAAAGGAAAGCUGAGCGAGAUGCAGCACCUCUGAGGCACCCAAACAGACCACGAUCCCUUUCUCCAGCCUCACCCUCAUCUCAGCGUCAGCUCUUUUCUGAGUUGGAAGAUAAACUUCGCAGUAAUGAAACAGGCCAAACAAGGAAAAUACACAGCCAGUUGCAAAAAGAAAGGGGUGAAAGAACAAAAAAAGCAAAGAUACUCGCUAAAGUUUAUGAAGAUGAACUAAGAAUUUAUGAAGCUCAGGAGAGGCUUAGACUUUCCAAGCUCAGAGAAGUCAACAGGGAAAUGGAACAAGAAUACAAAGAAAACAUCUUUAAAGAACCUCCAAAAAUGCCUCAGCCAGUGAAAGUUUGUUCUAGAAAAACCACACCUCAGAAUCCCAAAUACAGCCAGCGGAUUCCAAAACAAGGGACUGUGAAGCCAAAGAAAGCAGCUCCAAGAAGUGAUGCUCCAAGAACAGCCAACAUGCAAACCACAGGCUCAGUUUUGGUAAACAGCAUUGUGCAUGCUUAUGAUCACGGUAUAAUCCCCUACAGAGCUGAAUAUUGCUCAGUGAAAGUAAGAGAUGAUGACCUCCUAUUUCAGCUACUGGAAGAGUUUCCCCACCUGCAUAUUUCCCACCAUACUAUGAAUAAAAUGUGGCGGCGGCAGCUUGCACACACUGAGCAACUUAAGGCAGCUUAUGGCAGAACUAGACCACGACUCCAAAAUGAAGUUCAACAAGCCCUUAAGAAGCAUGAGCUGCUUCUUGCAAUUAUUAAAAAAGAUCAAGACCAUAACAAGAGACUGCAAGAAUUUAAGCAACGUAUCUGCCGACAGAAAUGGGCUCAGAGUAAAGUGAGAGAGAAACGCCAGCAGAUUGCUCGAGCUAGGAAAUAUUAUGAAGAUUACCGGGUUCAGCUGCGUGCCAAGAUGAUGCGGGCUAGGACACAGGAAGAAAGGAUAUUUAAAAACUUAUUUGAAGAAGGCUUAGAAAUUCAGAAGCAAAGACUGAAGGACCUGAGAGCGUAUGCUCAAGAGAAGCGAGCUGAGCAAAGGAGAGAGCAUCAGAAUGAGCUGGAGUCUAUGGAGAACUAUUACAAAGAUCAGUUUUCCAUGCUAGCAGAAGCUUUAUCUCAAGAACGCCAAGAAAUCCAAACCAGAGAGAAAGCACAAGCACAAAUGCUACAGAAAACAAAGAGAGAAUUGAGGUCAAGGAUGGAACAGGAAAUAGAGCAACUGCAGGCAGCAAUAAUGCAAAAUAAUGAUGACACCUUUUUUCAAGAACUGGAAGCAGACAGACUGAAAUCCAGACUUCAGAUGGCUUCCUUCCAGUACAGCAAAAGCCAUUUCUUGUAAGACUUACAGUAAGUACCACUGAAACAGUCUCUCUGGACAGGAGUAUAAGAGUCUUUGAGAGCUGCUUGAACAGGAAGAUGAUGUGUGACUGUGUUUUCCUCUAAAAUAUCUGGUCUGUCACUUCGAUGGCCGAGGUGUAGCUGCUGGGAUCUGGGAUCUCUACAGUACUUUUAUUGCUUACCAAUAAAGUUUUUAAACUACUUUCUACCUUCUUAGCAAGGCUGAGAUAAUGUUGAGCUGCACACAAAGGAAGUGGGAUGAUUACUGGAGUUAUCUUAGUGGAACAUUGAAUGCUAAGCCUCCCCUAUGGCUGUGCUGGUGUUGCUGGAGUCAAAAAGCUACACUAACACCAUUAGCCAGAAAUUACUGCAUUGGGAAACUUGGAACAAGAAGAUCUUUAAAAGAACAUCUGUGGUUCAAGUUUCCUGUGAAAGGACAAGUUAGAGAAUGUCUACAAUAAAGCUGACAUAAAAAUUGGUAUUUUCAAUAUGUUAACCAAGGGAGGGCUACUUAUUCUAUGUUUGCAGUUUUGGUGUUGCUGGCUUGUUAAGGGCAAAGCAUGUAAGUACUACUUCCUAUGGUAGUGAUAUAGCUGAAAGUAUCUUGAAGUAGGAAACAAUGUAAAUUCUUUUAAAGCAGUAAAGUACAAGCUUCUGCAAGAACUGAAACCUACGAAGGACCUGCGGCCAGCAUUCCUAAUUAUUUUCAAAAGGGGUGUAGUAAUGCAUGUAUGUGCUGUAGGUGUUUCUGUAGGUAUUUCAAUUGUUGGAUUUCACACAGGGUUUUCAAAAGUAGCCCAUGUGUAAACAAGCAAAGUUUUGUUUCCACUGACUGUUUCAAAAGGAAGUCACAGCAAUGCCACAUACAAACAGAUGGGCAAUAACAACCACAGUAGUUUAGCAUGUUUGGUCUUAAAAGCAGAUUAUUUGGACAGACGUUUUGCAAGGGUGCUUGUAUUUAGUACCCCGUUUAGUUAUUUUACAGAGAAGCAGAUUAGUUCUACUUCUGUCAGUGUGAAGCUUGAGUAAAUAAUGAUUAAAAAUUCCAACGUUCAGCUUUAACCUUACUUUAGGGUGUAAGGUCUGUUUGUAGGCAGAGUAGGAGCUGACAAAAGACAUUACACCUUUUUCUUAUAGAAUCAUCAUGUGCUAUAAACAAUACUUUGUUCAGCAGAAAAUUCAAGUUUCAGCAGCCACACGUUAUGGGCCCUACGAGAUGCAAACACAGAGGGAUGAAUACUUAAACUGAGAACAGAUCACACAAAACCAAGUCAUUACUGAUAUAUUCUCUGCUUGACAAAACUGCUAUUUUAAAAUAGUUUAUCUUGGUAAUGAGGGUCAACUAAAGUGUCAUUUUAAACAGGCUCUCAUAGAAGAGCUCUUGCUUAAAAUUGCAUGUGUGAAAUACUGGAAUUAAUUGCAUUGCAUAUACAAUAUUUAAAGCUUGCCACGAGAUGGUGUCACUUGUGGAACUGACAUCACACUCAAUGAAUUAAGAUCCAUGGAUUGGGAAGAAAAAAAAGAGAUAAGCAGACAAGAAAGCCCCCAGCAGCUGGAGAUGCUUCCUUUACAGAUUAAACAAAACAGCAGUUAGAGCAUGAUACACCUCGCAAAAAACCAAAAACAAAACCAAACACAAACAAAAAAUCAAAACCCCCAUCAAAACCAAACCCCAAAACACACACACUGAAAAACCUCCACAAAAUGAGAAACCCAAACCCGGCCUUUCUUAACAAUCCUUUCCAGGGAGCUGCUACAAGCCAGGCUAAUUGAAAGUCUUUAUCUAAGAAACAAUAUUUACCAGUUAAGUUGAUCAAAUUUAACAAGUAUUUACCAUUUACCUUUUUUCU